AUGGGGCUCGCAAGGUCUCCAAGAGAAAACGAGCCCAAGGGGCCGCCUCCGCUGUCGAAGGGCGUCUGUCGCGCGAUAGUGGCGAGCAGGACAUCCGGCCAGCUGAUCCUGUCCGGGCAGCAUCUCACCGAGGCCCCCACAGCUGUGUUCGACAUCGACGAGCGCGUUCCGGGCGACAGCGCGGUCGACUGGUGGGAGUGCGUCGAGCUCUCCCGCCUCGUGCUGAGCCAGAACAGCCUGUCCCAGCUGAGCUCGGACGUCGCGCGCCUGACCUCGCUCCAGGCCCUCGAGGUCGCCUACAACGACCUCGGCGCCCUCCCGCUCGCCGUCGGCGACCUCGUCCACCUCCGUCUCCUCGACUGCUCCCACAACCGCAUCCGUGCGCUGCCGCCGAGCGUCGCCGACCUGCCGGCGCUCGCCAAGCUCGCCUGCGGACACAACUGCCUCGUGGACCUCCCCGCGGCGCUCGGACGCGCGCAGCCCGCGCUCGCGGAGGUCCUCGCGGACCACAACGAGCUCGCGACAGUCCCCCCGGGGCUGUCCGCGUGUGCCAACCUGCGGAAACUCGACCUCUCGCACAACCGGCUCGAACGCCUCGACGCCGACGUGCUCCGCGGCAUGCGGUCCCUCGAGGAGCUCGCCGUCGACCACAACGCGCUCGCGGCGCUGCCGGACGAGAUCGGCGCGCUCCCGCGCCUGCGCAUCCUCGCGGCGCGGCACAACCGCGUCUCUGCGCUGCCGGAGGCCGUCGGCGGCGCCGCGGCGCUCGUGGAGCUGCACCUGGGCUUCAACGGCCUCACCGCGCUCCCCGCGACGCUCGCGGGGCUCGCGGAGCUGCGCACGCUCGACGUGCGCGACAACCGCCUGUCCGCGCUCCCCGAAGGGCUCGCCGGGGGGGGGUCGCGCCUGGCGCUGUCGCUGCUGGACCUGACGAACAACGACCUGUCCUCGCUGCCGCCGGAGCUCGGGCGCAUGACGUCGCUGCGGCGCAUGCCGCUCGACGGCAAUCCGAUUCGCUCGAUCCGGUACGAGCUGGUGUCGGGUCCGGUAUCGGGUCUCCUCAAGCACCUGCGCGACCGCAUGCCGCAGCCGCCGUCGCGGCUGGACGCGCAGGCGCACCGGGACGCGCAGGAGCUGUACGCCGCGGCCGCGAAGGACCCCGUGGACGCCGUGCACCCGUACCCUGCGCCCCCGCCGGCGGGGCGGCGAACAGGCGCGGCGCCGGGGCGCGGGGUGGCUCCGCCGCCGUGGGGCGAGUACGAGCCCAACCCGCAGCGGGUGGCGGCGGCGGCGAUCGCCGCGCGGCCGGGCCCGGCGCGCGCGGUGCCGAUCGGCGUCGAGGAGCGCCGCAGCGCGGUCCGCGCCGGCAACGUGCUGGGCGUCGACGAGGACGGGCUCGCGCGGGACGUCGCGAGGAAGGCGGCGGUCGGAUCGGACGGGCCAGUGAAGCUGAGCUUUCGCGGCGCGGGGCUCGACGAGGUCCCGAGUGAGGUAUGGAGCAUCGCGGCGCGCGUCGAAGCGCUCGACGUCUCCGGGAACCGUCUCCGCACGCUAGAUUCGCGCAACGUGGCGCUGCUGCAAGCAGCGACGCACCUGGACCUGUCGAGCAACCAGCUGGUCGCGUGGCCGCUGCCCUCCACGCCCCUGCCCGCCCUCGCGCGGCUGUCGCUCGCGCGCAACCCGCGGCUGCCCGUGCCGCGCGGUGGCGCGUUCGCGGCGCUGAACGGCUUUGCGCUGCGUGCCCUGGACCUCAGCGGCGUGCGGGCGGUCGGGGACGCGCUGGACUGGGGCGACGUGGCGCAGUUGAAGGCGCUGGAGGAGCUGCGCGUCGCCGGGUGCGGCGUCGCGGGGCCCUGUCCGCCGGAGGUUGCCACGCUGAAGCAGCUGCGAGUGCUGGACCUGAGCAGCAACCGGCUGACGACGCUGCCCGAGGCGAUCGAGGAGCUGACGCGUCUCGAGGAGCUGGACGUGGCGAACAACGACCUGACGACGCUGCCGGCGCGGCUGGGCCUGCUGCGCGCCACGCUGCGUUCCGUGUCGGUGGCCGGGAACCCGCUCCGCGCGAUUCGCAGGACGAUCACGGACGCGGGGACGCCGAGGCUCCUCGAGUACCUGCACUCGCGCCUUGUGACGUGA